AUGAAUUCCGUGGAUGCCUCGGAGCAUUAUGAGUUAGGAGCUACGGACCUCUCCCCGUCCCUGCUCACAAUAGUCAUCGACACAAACCCACACGCCUGGGCUAUCCUCGAACACUCUCUCCCACUCUCCAAAGCAAUCGCCAAUAUCCUAGUCUUCAUCAACGCCCACCUAGCCUGCAACUAUGCCAACGAAGUCGCCGUAGUCGCAUCGCACUGCCAAAAAGCAGCAUGGCUCUACCCAUCCCACAAUGCACCCCGGAACCGUACCGCCGACCAUGACAGCGACGUCGCAAUGAAUGGCGCAAGCGACACCCAACCCCCCGAAACGAACAAAUACCGUCCCUUCCGUAUUGUCGAAGAACAAGUCACCCGCAACCUCAAAGAGCUAAUGGACUCAACAACUGGCGACGAUCUACGUGGCAACAUGUCCACGAUGCUAGCAGGCGCGCUAACACUCGCCCUGAGCCACACGAACCGACGCGCGCUCGCCUGGGCGGAGGAGCAUGGCGGCACCAACAACGAAGACGCAGCAGCCGAUGGCAAUGGCAAUGGCAACGGCAACGGCAAUGGAAACGGACACGGCGGUGGCACGAGCGCAUCUGUGAAUCGGUACUCCGCCUCGAACGAGGAUGAGCGGCUGCAGAGUCGCAUCUUGGUCAUUUCUGUGAGCGGGUCUACCGACGCCGCACACCAGUAUAUCCCUAUCAUGAACAGCAUCUUCGCCUGCCAGCGCUUGAACAUCCCCAUCGAUGUGUGCAAGCUUAGUGGCGAUGCGGUCUUCCUGCAGCAGGCGUCUGAUGCUACCAAGGGUGUUUAUAUGGCGCUUGCCGAGCCACGAGGCCUGCUGCAGUAUCUGAUGAUGGCGUUCUUACCGGAUCAGCGCUCGCGUCGCCAUCUGGUUCUUCCCACGCGGGUGGAUGUUGAUUUCCGGGCUGCUUGCUUUUGUCAUCGCCGGGUGGUUGAUGUUGGCUUUGUGUGCUCCAUUUGUCUCAGUAUUUUCUGCGGACCGCCCCCUGGUAGUGAUUGCAUGACUUGUGGCACGCAUCUAGACAUCGGAGAUAAUGCCAAGCCAGCUCUAUUGCCAAGGAAAAAGAAGAAGAAGAAGCGUGUUAAUGGGACAUCCACGACGGGGACGCCCAUAUCAACACCUACGCCGGGUCCUUGA